AUGUUUUCCUCUCUUGCAGAAUUAAAUGUGAGAGAAUCUGAUAUCAGAGUGUGUGAUGAAUCAUCCUGUAAAUAUGGAGGUGUCUGCAAAGAAGAUGGAGAUGGUUUGAAAUGUGCGUGCCAAUUUCAGUGCCAUACAAAUUACAUUCCUGUUUGUGGAUCAAAUGGGGACACUUAUCAGAAUGAAUGUUUUCUCAGGAGGGCUGCUUGUAAGCACCAGAAAGACAUAACAGUGGUGGCACGUGGACCUUGCUACUCAGAUAAUGGCUCUGGAUCUGGAGAAGGAGAGGAGGAGGGCUCAGGAGCAGAGGCUCACAGGAAACAUUCCAAAUGUGGACCGUGCAAGUACAAAGCUGAGUGUGACGAGGAUGCGGAGAACGUUGGGUGUGUAUGUAAUAUAGACUGCAGUGGGUACAGUUUUAACCCAGUGUGUGCUUCUGACGGGAGUUCCUACAACAAUCCCUGUUUUGUUCGGGAAGCAUCUUGUAUAAAGCAAGAACAGAUUGACAUAAGACAUCUUGGCCACUGCACAGACACAGAUGAUACAAGUUUAUUGGGAAAGAAAGAUGAUGGGCUGCAAUAUCGACCGGAUGUGAAAGAUGCUGGUGAUCAAAGGGAAGAUGUUUAUAUUGGAAGCCACAUGCCUUGUCCUGAAAACCUCAAUGGGUACUGCAUCCAUGGGAAGUGUGAAUUCAUCUACUCUACUCAGAAGGCUUCUUGUAGAUGUGAAUCUGGUUACACUGGACAGCACUGUGAAAAGACGGACUUUAGUAUUCUCUAUGUAGUACCAAGUAGGCAGAAGCUCACUCACGUUCUUAUCGCAGCCAUUAUUGGAGCUGUACAGAUCGCCAUUAUAGUAGCAAUUGUCAUGUGCAUAACAAGAAAAUGCCCCAAGAACAAUAGAGGACGCCGACAGAAGCAAAACUUAGGUCAUUUUACUUCAGACACUUCAUCCAGAAUGGUUUGAACUCCUGACUUUUAUAUGCACACUGACCAUGUGAUGUACAUUUAUUAUGUCUUUUUUUAAAGAACGGAAAUAUUUAUUUCAGAGGCCUUAUUUUUGGACAUUUUUAGUGUAGUACUGUUGGCUCGUAUUUAGAAUAUUUAGCUACAGCAGUUUUGGACUGUUUAGUAGUCUCUGUUUUAUGUUUUUAAAUACAGAAAUUGAUUUCACCAAUUUGUACCACAUGGUAAUAUUAAGAAUUGUUCUUUACUCAUGGAAUGUAAUAUUUUUGCAAAGAUGGAUGGACCCACUUCACAGUGGCUAUAAAGUCAUACUUCUUCCCCAAUGACCACAGCAAAUGGCAAAGCAUGAACUAAAAGGAAAGAUGUUUACAGAUUACUUUUCUUACAAAAAAUAAAAAUCUAGAAGACACUGUGUUUAAAUAGAUAUUUAAAUGUUUUUGAGAUUUAGUACCUGAUUUUUUUAGACACUGCCCCUAUUGCAUGAGUUGCAAAGCUGUGUGUGUGUGUGUUAGAUGUAACAUAUUUAUAAGCUGGAUGGACUGGAAUUGACAAUUUCUCUCUUUGAAGACGUAAUUCUAAUAAUUUGAAAUGAUACCUGGGAAUUAAUGAUGGAGCAGAUCAUUGAAAAUAGAUUUAGAUAUUGUCAAGAUAGGCUAUUUAAUGAGCAGAUUGGAAUAAAACCUACAUAUCAGUUAAAACUACUUUAAUACACAUUCAUUUUUAAACAUGGUAUUUGUUUUAAUAUAAAUAUACAAAUUGUAUCAGUGUUUGUGAAUACAAUGCAGAAAUAAUUGUUAAUGAUUGGUGCUCUGGAAGUGAGUUUAAAAAUGACCUAAGACCUCUAAUUCAAAUUUGUCCUGUAGUAGCUCUAUUAAUAGAUUGUUGGUGUUUAAAGGUCUGAAAUGUAAGUAGAAUGUAUUGAGGUGUUUAACGUGUAGUUUGGCUAGUCGUGUAGUUUGGCUAGUCAAAAUUAUGCAUGUAGAAUUUAAAGACUAUGUUCAAACUUAAAUAUUAAUUUUAAUAAUUUGAUUUGGAAAAGCAUGUUAUAAUAUAAUGUUUUCACUAUA